CACUUGUCUAACAACACAGGUUCACCAAAACUUUCAACAACACCAUUAAAAGCCUUUGAAAAUGUUCACUAUCUUGAACAACCUCACUGCUCUCUUCUCUGUUGCCAUCAACGGAGUUUCUUCCCCGACCAAAGCUGUUCUUGGCUACAAGCUCAUUAAGCGCAACCGCCUCGAUGACCUUGAACCCCAGCUCCUGGUCAAAGAGCAAGUUAUUGUUCAGGAGAGUGCUCAUGUUACGCAGAUUUGCGCCGUUGUUGCCCAGUCUGUUGAUGCAGAGGUGGAGUGUGCUGAGGAAGAAUUUGAAGAAGAGGAUGUUCGCGUUGUUGAAAGGGUCAUCAAUGAGACAGCUGCUCUCUUGGAUGAUGAAGAGCUUGACACCAAUGUUGACGAGUCCUGCAAUGGCCCUGCCUUUUCUACGCUGGCCACUGCGGCAUGUUCAGCAGUGAACUCAACUGUAUCCUUGAAAGUGAUGAAGAAGAAGAAGAGUUCGGUAGUGAGAAAAUCAAUCUUCAAAACUGCGCGCCAGAGCUCCAGUUCAUCCGACAAGUUCAUCGAGCUAGGCAACUCUUGUGCGCCCCUUCAUGCGCUGUCUUUGGGUUCUCUGAAGUUCAUGAUGGUACUUGCACAUACGCAACCUACAUAUUUACCAUUAGCUGGUCUAUGUACGGAAUUCACAAUUUAG